UGCGUUGGCUGCUGCGCGUUUGGGAAACCGGAGCAAUCAUGUUUUCUCCCAGCACUCUUCAGUCACAGGCUUCUCCAGAAUCACACUUUUCAAGUGCUCGAGAGAACAUGAGAAGAGCUAUGUAUAAAAAAGGAACCCCACCUUGGAGGGAGCUUCACAAACAGCGACUGCGGGAGCGACUGCGUGAGGGGCGCCACCGGCUGCUGAGCCGUCUGCGCGGGGUGGACGCCACCGACGCGGGCGGCCUGCCGGGCGCCCCAGCCGCCGCCUCAGACCAGGACCUCAUGCUGGCCGAGUGGGAGCAGCUAGAGCGCGAGAUCAUCGCCGAGGAGACGGAGCGCUUGCUGCGGGAGUGUAGCGCCGCCGAGGCUGACCUGACCCUCUCGGAGGCGGCGGAGGACCUCCUCAGCGAGCGGCUGGCGUGUCCGCUCUGCCAGACGACGGCCGCCGACCUGAGCGCCGACCUGCGGCUGACCUGCCGCUGCGGGCUGGAUGUGUGCACGCCCUGCACCGACCUGGACCGCGUGCGCGCGCAGCUGCUGGCGGCCGUCGCGCGCCACGAGGCCUUUUGCGGCGAGGCCGAGCUGUUCUUCACGCAGACGGCCGGACAGCUGAUCGUGGUGUGCGCGGAGUGCGGCGCCCAGGCGCCAGCGUUCGAGUGAGGCCGACGUCGGGCUCUGAGAUAGGGGAGGCGGGGAGACGUGCUCGUGGCCGGGAGCCAUCUUCAGGGUGAUAUGCGCGGCGUGUGUAGGGAGAAGGACAAGGCAGCGAAUGUGUUCCCCCGACGGGAUGGUGAGGGCGUGGUAGCGGGGCUGUUGGUACUCCGUCCGGGAUACCUUGGUGCCGGUUCUGGUUCACACUGACGGCACGAAGAACAUCAAGUUGACCAGAUGUCGUCUUUCAUGAGCAGUUGCGCAAAGGACAACAGCAAGUAGCGUAUUGUUGGCUGCUAGCAGUCACUUUGUGCUGAGCCCUGUAACUGAUGGCAUGUUCUAAUGGCUGUACGUUACUGAUGCAGCGCUUACAUGUGUUGAUCACCUCUUUGGGUUAGGUUUAAGAUGCACCGUGUGCACUUUAUAUGUUGUGUACUGUGGACAUGGAAGUGCCGCUGGUGAAGAGCUUUUCAGUUAGUUUCAUUUUCUCCCCCCCCCCCCCCCCCGCCCUUGUCUGAUCUGGCAUGUUUUAUCCUCGAGCAUAGCUUGGUUGUGUCUUUACCUUUGAAAUAUCAAUAAAGCUUACGA